AUGCAUUCGCUUAUUCACUCUGACGAGAAACCACAUUCAUGCGAGACGUGCGGUAAAAGUUUUAAGUUUAAGAGCAACCUGCAUCAUCAUUACAUUUUGCACACGGAGGAGAAACCUCAUGUAUGCGACCAGUGUGAGAUGCGUUUCAGGCGGCAUGCUGACCUGAAAAAGCAUAGGAGAAUCCACACUGGGGAGAAACCUUACAUAUGCAAUUGCUGCGAUAGAAGAUUUCGGAGAAAGAGGUCCUUAGAUGAACAUGCAAUGAUUCACACCGGUGAAAAACCCUACGCAUGUGAGGAGUGUGAAAAAACUUUCCGAUGCAGAAACAAUCUCAGGAGACAUCAGUUGGUCCAUCGAGGGGAAAGACCUCACAAGUGUGAUUUGUGUGAAAAAUCCUUCCGCACCAAGUGUAACUUGGCUAUACAUUACCUGAUUUCACACAGGAGAAAAACCGCAAAUGUGUGA